AUGAAAUUUUUAGGAAAAUGCCAAAAUUCGGAGGAACUCUAUGAGACAUCCAGAGAAAUUGUGGAAACUGUUGAUGGCAUAUUACAAUUUCUUCAGCCAUGUUUUAUGGAUAACGCAGACAUUUCUGUAAAGUGCUACGAGGACUGUGUUUACAAGAAUAGAGAUAUAGAGGCCGAGAACGAAAUGGCAAAUUUGCUGCUUGACAUGCAAAAUGAGGCAAAUGAUGCAGUGACGUUUCUCGACAACAUAAGUAUAACUCUAGAUUCUGUGGAUGCAGAAAAGAUGAAUCACACAGAAUUACCGAGCAUACUACGAGAAAAAGAGAAGCUCACUGCUCUGGAGUCUGAAAAGGCCGCACUUGAAGUUAUUCUUCAGGAGCAAAAGCUAAAGAUAGAAGAACUCGGCAGAGAAUUUGAUAAAGUAUCGCAAGAAUGUCAACAUAAUACCAUCGACUGGAAUGUGGAAGAUAAUAUGGAAGACGUUGAAAAGAGGACUUUAAUAUACAAGACACUCAUAAACGCCGCCUCUACCAUCCCAUUCAAGAUCUUGGAAAGGACGCAAUCGUCUGUAACAUACGAGUUUAGGUUCAAUGGAGAGCCACUUUUUGUGAAUGUCCGGGACGACCUGACAGUUUCCCUAAAUCCACAAAAUUCGCUAAUAUCCGACUAUAUCGAAGGUAAAAGAAAUGGGAUCAAGACUUUGGAGGAAAUAGUAGCUCUGAUACAAGAGGCUAUAGCCCUUUAUGAGUUGGAUGAUGUAAAUGUUUACUAG